GGCAGGGAUGCGGCGGCCGCGAGGAAACGCGUAAAGGGUAGGUGGGAAAAAUGGCCAAAACGGAUAAACGAGGGAUAAACUUUAAAACCGUUCAGUUUAACGUGAUUCACUCGCACCACGCAUUUUCACGUUUCAUUCCACUCGUACCUCUUCGUUGGCCCCGGUCCGCGUUAGUAUAUUUUCUUCAUUUUUUAUCACCCGAAAAAGAUAUAAAAGUACAAUAUUAUUGUUAUUACAUAACUCUUACGUAACUGUAUGUUGUUAAUAAUGCUACAAUAUAUACCGAAGUAGAUGGAUAAAACGAAAUAUAUAACGAACCACGGUUAACGUUGUUUUUUUUACCGUUCAUCCUCGUAACAUAAUUUCACUGCAGUACCUAAGUAAACGCCAUCGCCUUUGAGAUAUGGACACGUCCUCAGACUCAGACAGCGCACUCUCGCCUGGUGCUUACGAUCAAGUGGCAUACAACGCGGCGACUGCGAUUACCGGUUACGAUGACCAGGCGAUCAUAAAGUCUCCGUCUAGACACUCCGAGUCCUCAGACAGUGGCAGCGACGUCGCGGAACCACGCGGUGCCUUGGCCCAUCACAAGUUCUCCAUAGACUGCAUCCUGGGUAGGUUCAAUGGAUCAGGUGACGCUGCCGCCGCGACAACCAUUGACUCCUGUCCAGAGACAUCUGACCCAGGCAAUCGUCACCGAAACGACUUGGCGUUCCGCGGCGUAGAUAGCAUCGCAGAACUUAAUGGUCAUAACUUUCCUUACUCGUCGCUGCUGUACGGCGGGUGGUUUGCGGCUGCGGCUGCCGCAGCGGUAGCUAACAAGACACCACCGUCCCAUUUAUUCGGUCUUCAGGCGCCAAAAACAGUGGGACGAAGAUCUAGGAAACCAGGAUUGGAUCGAAAACCAAGGCAAGCGUAUAGUGCAAAACAGCUAGAAAGAUUGGAAGCUGAGUUUAAAACGGACAAGUACUUGAGCGUGAGUAAGCGCAUGGAGCUGUCCAAGGCGCUGAACCUGACCGAAGUGCAGAUAAAGACGUGGUUCCAGAACAGGCGUACCAAGUGGAAGAAGCAGCUGGCGUCCAAGCUGAAGAUCGCGCACCGGCACGGUUACUUUCAACCGGUGCAGCACUACGCGUCGUUGUUCGCGCCGCACUGUUACUUUCCGACGGCGGCUGCGUCUGCUGCGAGCUCCUCCCCGUCCGGUACCGCGGGUGGAGCUCAAAACUUCGGUUGCGGUUUGCAGCCGCAGACGACUUCGGCGGGACGCGAGUCAGCGGAACACGAUGCGGUCGUCGUAGAACGUCAAGUCGCCGCCGCCAAAACGGAACGGCAACACCAUCACCACCAGCACCAUCACCAGAGAUAAAAUAAUUUUUUGUAUUUAACACAAUAUUUCCAUGUCAACGUGCGUACCCGCGGUGCACCUAUUGUUCAUCUAUAAUUUUUUGUUAUAACGUCGUAUAGGCUGCUAGGCAUAACCUACUAGCUAUUACCUACCAACUAUAUUUUGAAUUUGUGUAACACUGAACACAAGCACAACAACAGCGAUAAUAAACAAUAUGAUAACACAAACUGACUUUGUCAUUAUGCAGCCAUGAUCCAUGCAGGUCAGGUGUCUACUCAGGUUCGCUCAAGUGCCAAGUAAUAAAUUAUCGUCUCUUAUUGAAAACCAUCAUGCGGCUAAUCUGCUAAUCUCAACAAUUCGAAUCCGCGUUUUAUAUAUAGGACUUAAAACGCAUAAGACCAUGUUAAUAUAAUACAGUUUUGAAGUUGUAACGAUACCUACAAAUGUUCAUUGUUCAGUAUGUUCACUGAGCAAAUCAAAAUGUCUUAAAAGGUCUCUCUCGUAAAUAUUUGGGUACUAAAAAAUUAUUUUUAUAAAAAUAACUUUUCAGAAAGCCCCAUAGUAUUAUACGUUUUAAAGUUAUUAAUAAAUUGUUCAGAGGCAUAUUCUAGCUUUUGGCUAUAUGGCUUAUAACUAUCGACAUUCCUAGCAACAAAACACACUUUUUUAUUCCUUCUGAAAAGUUGGAUAAACUGAUUGGGUUAUGAUGGUUCAGCGACGAUCUGUAGCGUGUGUUAUAACGUAAAAAUAAUAUUAAUAGU